UCUGUCGUGACCCUCUCUCUUCUCUCUCUUCACUUCUCCCGUUCGUGUGGCCAAAAGGUGAGGCCAUUUUCCGUCGCUGCUUGACCUGACCUGACCCUCGUCGCGGCCACUCGCUUUCCAGACAGGGAGUGACGCUAGUUGGUUAAAAAGAGAAGGAAGGAGUUAUGUGCCGAGUGUGAGCGUGGAGGACCAUGGCUCAGUGACGCGUGCCGGGCCACACCGGAGCGAGGAAGGAAGAAGGAAGGAAGGAAGGAAAGUAGGCUAAGAGAAGGAAAGAAGGAAGUGGGAAGUCUUCAGCAGGAAAGAAGAGGAGGAGCUAGUGCGUGUGUUUUUUUCGGCGCUGUUUGCUACCUCUUCCUCUUCCUCCUCCUCUUCUUCUAUCUCCCUCUCCCCUCCUUCGCCGUGGAGUGGGAAGGUGAUUCACUAGAGUGCCGUGUGCCGUGAUUUUUGUUUUUAUUUCCGAGCUUUUUCGUUCGGGAAAAGGAAACCAGUGCUUGAUGGGAGAUCGAUGUGUCGAUAUUAAUUUUAUUUGUGAUUAGGAAAAAAAAGGAAAAAGUUAAGAAAAUAAGGAGUGAGGAAGUGUGACCGUGUUGUUUAGAGUGUUUGGAGAUAGAAAAGCACAGAGAAUAGUGAGAGGAAAGAAAUAGCAAGUGAAGAAGAGAAGAGGAAAGAAAAAGAAAAGAUAAUAAUAAUAAUAGAACCAAAAGAGUAAGGGUAGGGGAACUUCUUGCACCUGCGAAAGGGAGAGAGAGAGAGAGAGAAAGAGAGGCGAGGAGAGAAGAAAUCCUCUUUUUCCCUCCGUCUGCUUACCCCCCUUUCCCCCCCCCUCGUCGGCACCAUGACUGCGAACUUCGACCCCCACGACCGAGCCAGUUGGUACUUCGGGCAGAUGUCCCGCCAAGAUGCGACAGACCUGCUCAUGAGCGAGAGAGACGGCGGGGUGUUCCUCGUGCGCGACUCCACCACCAUCCUCGGAGACUACGUCCUCUGCGUCAGAGAGGACAACAAAGUGUCGCACUACAUCAUCAACAAGAUCCAGCAGGGCGACCAGAUGCGCUACCGCAUCGGCGACCAGAUGUUCCCCGAUCUGCCGUCGCUCCUCAACUUCUACAAACUGCACUACCUGGACAGCACUCCGCUUAUCCGGCCCGCGCCCAAGCGCUGCGAGAAGUUCGUCGCCAAGUACGACUUCGAGGGAAGCGAUCCCGACGACCUUCCAUUUAGAAAAGGAGAAGUUCUGACCAUCGUUAGCAAAGACGAGGAGCAGUGGUGGACCGCCAGAAAUUCCAUGGGCCAGACGGGAUCCAUACCCGUGCCCUAUGUUCAGAAGUAUGAGGAGGGUGAGAGCAUUGCCAUUAACCUGACAGCAAACAGAAGUAGCACGCAGUCCACAGACUCAACGCAACGAGCCAAACCCAGUCUCCAGCGAAAGUUGCCAGCCUAUGAAAAGCAAAAUGCUUAUGACAAAACAGCCCUGAGACUGGAGGUUGGGGAUGUUAUCAAGGUCACGAAAAUGAACAUUAAUGGACAAUGGGAGGGUGAACUUAACGGAAAGGUUGGACACUUUCCCUUCACGCAUGUGGAGUUCAUUGACAGUGAAAACUCUGUAGAUGGAGACCCCAAUUAGGGCCCUGUGAAGAAUUUUUAAGUGUUAAGAACUUGUACUUUCUAGAUUAUUAUAAUUAUUUUUUUGUUUUUACCUUUUUAUUAUCAUAAAUAUUUUCUUUAUUAUUUUAUUAAGAAUAUACUGUGAGUAUGUAUCUAUAAAGUGUGUAAGGGUUCAAUAUUUGAGUUGAAUGUGAUAUGCAGGGCAUCUUUGUUUUGUAAUAGCACUACAAAAUGAAAAAAGGUUGUAUGUAUGAAUGGCGAUGCUUUAAAUAUUUGGAUGGAGGACAAUAUUUUAGUGGGUGGAAAAAGUUUCUUCACAGUGGUUUGAUGGUUAGAAAAAGAAGAAAAAAAUUGUAUAUCAUUUAAAAAUGAGUGAAUAUUUGGUAUAUUCAGACUUUACAAAUGACUGAGGUCGACAGAGUCCAGCUUUUCUUAUAGAAAUAUAUUUUAUGCUGAAAUUUGCCAAUGCAUGACCUUUUUUGGACAAUAUCUCUCAUUUUAGAAUUUCUGUGCACAGUUGUGAAAAUAUGGAGAUAGCAGAGUUGAGAGCUUCACCAUGCUUGCAGAUCAAAGCAAUGGUGGGAAGAACGUCAGAAGGCAAGGGGGUAUAAUGUUUCCUAGUGCUGAAAUCAUGUGUCGUUAUUGGGAGUUUUAUUUUAUUUUUUUAAGAGAUUGGAAGGAAAGGGAGAAAUAUGUAUAGAGAGAGAGAGAGAGAAAAAUAAAUAGAUAAAUUAAAUAUAAUGUCUCCAGUUCCAGAUUUGUAAAAGAUGAGAAGUUCCAGUAACAACACCUGUUUUGGUUCCAUUAAUUAGAAACUAAAGAAGAAAAUCAAAUACAUUGCCUUUCAUGCUAAGUUUAGUGUAAGCUUUAAUUUUUUAAGCACAAAUGAUCCUGCACACCUUUUUUAUGCCAACACGUAUAAAAAAGAAAGAUGAUUGGCCAUUCACACCCACAAGUCUUGCUAAUAGAUUCAACAUAUCAGGUUGGCUCAUGUAGUAUAUCUGUUAAUAUUUGUAAAUAAAUGAUCCUUCCUCCCCCCUCUCUCUAAAUAAUGAUAAAAAAAGAGAAA